CUCUUGGACAAACACAGCACAUCGCAGCACCGCCCCUCUCCCUUUAGUCCUCGGCCUCAGCAUCGACAGGCAGAAUCGUCACAUCCACCUGAACAAAGCACAUGGUCCACACACACAGGGGUCAACAAUUGGAGCACACUCAUCCCGAUCAACGCAGACCCUUCUCACCUUGAAGAUUGCGAUGGCGCUGUCCAUCGCCGGGCCCGCCUGCGCACCGGGGGCAUGGGGAGGCCCGCGGCCGUGGGGAGGGGGCGGCACUGCAGCUGGCGCAUUCUCGGCAUGAGGUGGCGGGGGAGGGGGCGGGUGGCCUUCACCAGCAGCAGGGAGCGGUGGAGGUGGAGGGUGAGCGGCACCAGCAACGGGACGAGGGGGCGGGGGGCCCUGUCCGUCGGCGUGCGGCUUGGGUGGAGGCGUCUCAGUCGCAUUGGGACGGGGCACAUACUGAUAGAGGGACAGACAGAAACAGCACCAACACACAAAUGGGCGGACGGCACACACCUGAUGAUGACAGCCAUCUUACGGCGAGUGUGAUGAUCCCAUUGCCGGGGUUCAUCGCGAGGAACGAGAGCGUCCACGAGCCGCUGCAGCUGUUGGACGUACCGUUCUGCACCAACACACAAGCAUACAGACACACACAAGGUGAGAGAGAGCUCAUCCACCCAAUCGUCAUUCAUGGGUCAAUCGUACCUGUCCGCGGACCUGCAGACACCCGAAACUAUUGGCCACAUCGACGAGAGGCAUAUCGGGCGUCGCGUCGACCGCCCACCCGAAGCCAGCACGGUCCAUCGCACCUGGCAGAAACACACGCAUACGCACACACACACACACACACACACACAGAGAGAGAGAGAGAGAGAGAGGAUGGGAAGCUGACCAACGAGUCUAUCUCUUGCUAUGCCGUCAUCUUUCUCACCAGGCAGAACAAUCUGCAGCAGGUCGCCCUGGUUGACCGUCACGUUGGUCUCCCCCGUCACGGGGCCACCCUCGGCGGCAGCAGCCGGCCCCUGCUGACUCAUCUCAGGCACGACAGUGGUGGUGUUGGCCGUCUUGCCCCGCUGCAGUGCCCGGGCCGCCCUCAAUGCCCUCCUAGGCGGCGGGCUGCGGCGGUCGAUUUCCACUUUAGCACAGCAGAACUUGGCCUCCACCGACACAUUUGGGAAGAUCACUCGCUUCUCCGGCAGCUCGUACUCGAUGAUCUGGCAUGAGGGGUCGGUGUCCUGGAAGCGGUAGACGUAUCUGCAGCCGCUGAAGGUGAGAGGAAUGGAGGCAGGCACCUGCAUAGACAGACACACAAAGGGAAGCAGAAACGCCAAGAGUGUGAAAGACACACAGGAUCUUUCACACAGGGGCCGGGCAUCGAAAAGGUCCACAUCGUGUGAAAGAUGGGUGUCUGUCUUUCACAAAAGGCCCCUGUGUGAAAGAUCCUCACCUCUUGGCCGUUGAUGAUGAGGGUGGUGUUGCGCUGGCUCGUCACGGUGAUGUCCCGGCGGUUGUCGACGCCCACGACCUGCGCGGUGGUCGAAGCCGCCACGAGGGCAAGGCAGAGCAAGAAGAGAUGCACCAU